GUCAGCCGCAUGCGCAUCCAUCCCCGCCGCCACUCGCCCCCGACGACCUCUUGCUCACCUCCACUGCACCCCUAGCGGCAGCCGUCAUGGCGCCACCGGGCAACUCCGUCGACCUCAAGGGUGCAAAGAAAUCGAACUCCAAGGAUGAGAGAAAGCACAGGAAGGCGAAGCACGAGCGCCCUGCCGCCGACGAAGCGUCUCUCCGCAACGAGGCUAAGCGCAAGCGCAAGCACAAGGAGCACGGCGAGAAGCCAAGAAGGAGAAUAAGGCUGAGGCUGAGACCGAGGCGGGGAGACGAGAGGAUGAGGCGGACGAUGGAGGACGAGCAGUUCGCGGCGGCGCGGACUGACCCCAGGUUCCGAUCGAUGCCGCGGAAGGAGGCCAAGGUGGCUCUGGACUCGAGGUUCGAAAGCAUGCUGACGAACCCGAUCUUUGCUUCGUCGGAGGCGCCGGUGGACACGCGCGGCAGGCGCCGCAAGAAGUGCGCCCGGGAGAAACCCAUGUCGUAUUACUAUCUCAACCAAGAUGAGGGGAGUGAGAAGGAGGAGGAGAAGAAGAAGAAAGAGAAGCUCAUUCGUGAAGAGGAGGAUAAUGAGCCGGAAGAGGAUGAGCAAGAUGAUCAAGAAGAGAGUUCUAGUAGCGAUGACGACGCGGAGGAGGACGAGGACGAUGACCAGUACUCUGUCGGCAGUGGCAUUGCUCAUUACUUGAUGACGAGGCAUGAUGAUACACCUAUGAUCGAUAAGGAAACACACAGGCUUGCUGUUGUUAAUAUGGACUGGGAUCAUAUUAAGGCAGUGGACUUGUAUAUGGGGAUGACAUCUUGCGUCCCGAAAGGUGGGCGAGUUCUAUCAGUUUCGAUAUAUCCAUCAGAAUUUGGACUGGAGUGCAUGAAUAUUGAGACAACACAAGGCCCAUCUGCUCUUCUUGGUGCCGAUGAGGAUGAUGGUGGUGAUGGUGGGGAAAACGAUAACAACGAGGAUGAAGAUGACAACAAUGAUGAUGUUGAUGACGAAUACGAUAGUGAACAUGACUCUGAGACCGAGAACAGGCUGCGUGCUUAUGAGCUAAACAGACUGAGGUACUACUAUGCAGUUGUUGUGUGUGAUUCCAGUGCAACUGCGAAUCACCUAUACACAACUCUUGAUGGUACUGAGUUCUUGAAAACGGCAAAUGUGUACGAUUUGCAGUUUAUUCCUGACUCUAUGGAGUUCAAGCAUGCUGCUUGUGGUGUAGCUACAGAGGCACCUCCUACUUACAAGGAGCCUGAUUUUGAAACUCCUGCUUUGCAACCAAGCAAAGUUGAGCUCACCUGGGAUGACGAUGAACCAGAUCAUAAGAUCAUCUUGAGGUGGAAGUUCAAAGAGGAUCAGUUAGAUGGCCCUGGUAUAUACUCGUAUUUAGCAAGUGAUGACAGUGCAUCAGAUGAUGAUCUAGACGACUCUGGUGAUGAGUCUCUGCCAAAUGGUGUAGCGAAAAGAAAGUUAAUAAACAAGGAAAGGUUGGCUCUUUUACUACAAGGAGAUAAAUCUGACGAGGAACAAAGUGAUGACCAGGGCAUGGAGAUAACAUUCAACAUGGAACCCGAGGACCUCAGCAAGCGUAUCCUUGAGAGAAAGAGCACCGAGACGAAGACUGUCUGGGAGACGCACCAAGAAAAAACGAAGGAGAAGCGGAAAGCUAGGAAGAGGUCGUCAAAGGAUGAUGAUGACUACAGUGACGAAGAUAGCGCUGAUGAAAAUGAUGAUUUCUUUGAGGAUGAAAAGGCUGAUGAAGAAGUUAGGCCAAUCAAGAAACAGAAGGUGAAGACCAAAGGGAAAGCAAAGGACAAGCUUCCAGAGGAACAUUUUGAGCCAGAAGCAACUAAAGAAGAGUUGGAGCUCUUGGUUGCUGCUGACCAGGAUGCAGCCAAUGGUGCAAAGGGUUGUAACAUAGAACGCAGGAGUAAGAAGGGCAAGGAUUGUGUCGAGGACAAACUUCCUGAAAUCGAUAUUAGCACAGAUGACUCGAGGUUCUCAGCCACGUUGACGAAUCAUCUGUAUGCAUUGGAUCCUACUGAUCCCAAGUACAAGAGGAGUGCCACCUUCAUGAGAAAACAAGCUAGGAAGAAGGGUGCGCAUGCAGAUGCAGGAACAUUGGACAGUGAACCACCUGUGGAGGAAUCACCUCUGGGGAAUCUAGAUGAUGCAUCUUGUAAGAAGACACGGAAACACGAUGGGGCGCGCUCCACGGAGAAACUGCAGAUGCUGUCUACUGUCAAUUCUCUCAAAAGGAACCUUACCGGGUUCAAGAAAGCAAGCAAGAGUGAUCGAUAGAGAAGCUGUUUUGUUUUGCUCUGAUACAUCUUUUUUUCCUUUUGGUUGAAAUGCAUCUGAAGUCAGAAGAUGGAUUUGUACUAGAAUAGCUUGAAGGUUUGGUGUUUAUGCGCCUGCUGCUGAUGUGCCAUUUUUUCUGUUAUGAGAGCACAAUGAUCCAGUUGGAAAAAAAUUAUAAUGUUAA